AUGUCCGCGACUCAGUCAGUCGCCGACUCCGUUCUGGGUUUGACUCAAUCUGAGUUGUUUCUUCUCCGGCAACAACAACAAAUCCUGGCCCAGCGAAGUCAUCAAGGCAGCAUGCCCGACCGUGGCCGCGGCACUAGCAGGCAGUCGCAGCCAAGCUCCCGUGCCGUCAGUGCUGCUAGCAGCCAAAGUGUUCCAGGUCGGAUUAUGCUGGAUUCCCAUAGCCUGGAAGCUUUAUAUGCGCACCUGGAGAACGUGAUCAGGAGUAUCCAGCGUCGAAUUGGCGAGCUCGAAGAAGCAACUGAACGGUCAGUGAGAGCUACCGCCAACCAAGCUGGAAGCGUCAGGCGGGAUGCAGACCGAGAAAUCGCGAGAAUGCAUCGCAUCUUGGCUGAUAUUGACAAGCUCGAAGAAGAACUUGGGCAGAUCAAGCGGAUUCGUGACAAGAUCAGGGCCAUCAGAAACAACGUGGAUGAGCUGGGUGAUAGGCUCGAUCGCACUCGCCCGAGCGGCCAUAGCUCUGCCGGAGCACGAACUCGACGCUGA